GAGGUGAUCCAUGGUAACAGAGGAGCAGCAGCCAACCGCUGAGCCUGUCCUACUCUCUCUCUCUCUGCCACAAACACACACAUACCUUCAAUCUCUACACACUCUCAGUCAAUGUAGCCGGAAUGCACCGAGUGGGAAUCACUCUUAACGGCUCCCGUUGAGAAAUUUCGGUAUCAAGGUGACCGACCGGGAGCCAGUCAGCUUCACAUCAGCGCCAGGUGACAGCAGACAGGACCCGCACCUCGGACCGCUGAAAGAUGGUAGUAGCUAACGUUUCUUGGGCUUAAAUUUACAAAUUUCACCAUUUGGUGUGUUAUUAUCCAGAGACGAACAAAAUGAAACCAAUUUUUGACAGUAUGUGGGCUAAAAAGGCUUCAUAUAUUUGAUAUUUUUUUGUUGAGUCUCGGCAAAAACCCGAAACUGUCCCAGUCCGCUCCACAGCUCGCUGGUCGUCUCAAUAGCAGCGUCCAGUUUAUUAUUACAACCCACAUCUCUCUUAAGCAUCUAAAGCAUCGUAGUGAAGAUGGCGACUGGGUCGGGUUGGCAGCAGUAUUACUGCCCUGCCGGUCAGGGGAAAUUUACUCCCACAUCGGCAUCCAGCAUGUCCUUUCCGACCGGCAUCGCCCUGGAAUAUACCCAAGACCUGCACCUGAAGAUGAGCAAGAAAAUAGCACAGCUAACUAAGGUUAUCUAUGCACUGAACACAAAAAACGAUGAACACGAGGCGGCCAUUGCCACUCUGAAGGAAGCCCAUGAAGAGGAGGUGCAGCAGAUUCUGUCUGAGACCAGAGAGAAGAUACUACAGGUUUAUACACUUUUAUCAUACAAGAGUAAGAUCAGCGAUGAGAUGGACCUGAAGAGGCGGAUCCAGUCUCUGGAGGAGUCCAUGGAGCUCCACGAGAGGAUGAAGAGGCAGGCGCUGGCCGAGUUUGAGAGCUACCGUCAGAGGGUCGAGGACAUGCAGCUUUGCACUGAGGCUCAGCACACGCAGCGUGUGGUGUCCAUGUCGAGGGAGGUGGAGGAGAUGCGACGGUCCUUUGAGGAGAAGCUGCGUACGUUCAGCCAGGCCCAGACCCAGUUUGAGCAGGAGAAGAGGGCUGCGCUGGAGGAGCUGAAGGCCCAGCACAGACAGGAGAUCCAAGAGCUCCUGCGCAGCCACCAGAGUCAGAACGCAAACUACAGUAAAGACCAGGAGAAACUGGGACAGCUCCAUAAAGCCGAGGUGGAUUCUCUGACGGAGCGGGUGGAGGAGCUCAAACAGGACAAGAAGAGACUGGUGGAGGAGUACGAGGCCAAACUCAGCAAGGCUCAGGCCUUUUAUGAACGUGAGCUGGAAGCCAUGAAGAGAACUCAGCAGCUGACUGCCGACAACCUGUUGGCAUGGAAACGCACCGAGGCCGAUCUGCGCCGGGAAUUUCAGACUCAAGAGGCGGCACUCCAGAAAACACUUGGAAAACUGAGGGCCGAGUUGGCCAGGGUAACAGAUGAAGCUCGGGAAAACCGGGAGAAGUCCCACAAGCUUCAGGCGUCACUCACCGCCGCUGAUAGCACCGUCAAGGAAUUAACCAAGCAGCUGGACGAGGUGACCCAGAACUCAGAAAUUGUGGAGAUUCGUCAGAAGGAAGCCGAGUGUGAACUAGAGGCAGCCAGAGACAGAGUUCAGCAGCAAGCGACUGAAAUACUGCUCAAAGCCAGUCAGAUAAGCAGCCUGCAGGCCACCCAGAUGACCCAGGAAGCAGCCAUCAGGGACCUGGACAAUGAGCGGAGCCGGCUCAAGGACAAAGUGCUGAGAAUGGAAGAAGAGAGGGAGUCCCUGCAGAGCCAGUGUCAGGCCCUGGAUGAAAGACAGAAACAACAGCUCCAGUCCCUGGAGAAGACCCUGCGUGAGGAGAAGACGUCCCACGAUAAGGAAAUGAACAAUAUGCGAGCUCGAUGCGAAGAGGAGGCUAACCAGAUGAAGGAGAGCCAGGCUCGAGCUCUGGAGGAAGUCUCCAAGAAACACAGAGUGACCCUGGAGAAUGCACUCAACAAUGCCGAGAAGGACAAGAACCGCCUGCUGGCUGAGCUGGAGCAGCAGUUUGAGAGGGAGCGCCUCUCGCUGGAGGAGCAGAAGACGCUUCUCAGGCAGCAGCUGGACGAGCUGAGGGAGGAGCUGACCGCCAAACUCACUGCAGCCAAUGAGGAGGUGACACGGCUGCAGGAGGAGGUGCAGCAGGGGGAGCAGAACAUCGGAACAGCUGAGGGACAGAUCUCCACACUGAAGGAGGCGCAGGACAAACUGCUGGAGGAGCUGGACGCUACCAGGGCCCGACUGAGAGAGACCAGCAAUCUGCUGACCGCAUUGCAGGGAGAGCUGGAGACCCAGAAGCGUCAGCAUGAAGCCAAACUCAUCACCACCAAAGAAGAAGAGAAACUUAAGAUGGACAAGAUGGCUCUGGAGCUGGAGCUCAAAUGGACUGAAACACUCAGGCAGGAGUGUAAGAAGCUACGCGAGGAGCUGAGAGAGGACCAUGAGGAGGACAAGGCCUCAGCGAUGGCUCAGCUGGCACAAAGCAAGGAGCAGGAACUGAGCAGCGCCAGGGAGAGCUGGCAGAGGAAAGUGGAGGACCUGCUGGAACAGAUCUCCCUGUUGAAGCAGAGUCUGGAGAUGCAGCUGUCCCAGUCCCAGUCGUCGCUGCAGCAGCUGCAGCACCAGUUCAGCCAGGAGAGGGAGCACCUGAGGAAUCAACUGGACGAGCUGCAGAUGGAGCACCAGAGGCGAACGCAGCGUCUGCAGGAGGUCCACUGCUGCUCCAUGAAGGACAUGGAGCACGCCAGGCAGAGGGACCUGAAGGACUUGGAGGAGCGUCUCCGCCAUCAUCACCAUGCAGAGCUGCAGUCUCUCAGAGAGGCUCACCGCCAGAGCAUCGAGACUCUCAAACAGCAGUCAGAACAAGAGCUGCAAACACUCCGCUUUGAACUGGAGGACGAGGGCAAAGCCAUGCUGGCCUCUCUGCGAUCAGAGUUGAACCACAUCCACGCAUCGGCCAUCGAACACCUGAGACAAACCCACCAACAGGAGUUAGCUGCUGCCAAGAUGGAGCUGGAGAAAACACUGGAGAACAACCGGACACAGGAGCGUGAGCUGUUGGGCCGGAUCACUGAGCUGCAGGAGGAGGUCUCCAGGAGGAAGAACCACAUCGCUCAGCUGGACCACCAGAUCCACACACUCAAUGAGAAUAUCAGCACUCUGACUAAAGAGCUGGAGUUGAAGGGCAAGGAGGUGCUGAAGAUCCGCAGCGAAGCCAAUCAGCAGAUCAGGGCUCACGAACAAGAGUUGACGAAGAGGCAUGAAAGGGAGCUUGCCGAAAUGAACGCCGUCCACAGCAGGGAGACGCAGAACAUGCUGUCAGACUUUAACAAAGCCCAGGAAGUGCUCAAAGACAAGAUCUCCGCCCUUCAGAUACUGCUGGAAGGAACAGAGGAGAAGUUCAGGAACAGGGAGAGUCGUCCUGAGGAUCUGCAGAUCAUCGCUGAGCUGAAGGACAUGGUGUCUGAGAGAGAAUCUCUAGUCAAGAAACUGGUGGUAGGUAAUAUGGACGAUAAGAAGUUCUACCAACUGGAACUUGUCAACAGGGAGACCAACUUUAACAAAGUGUUCAACGCCAGUCCUAACGUAGGAGUUAUCAACCCGCUCAUUAAGCAAAAGAGAAAGAAUGAGAAAACUGCAGCCAGCAGAUUCAGCAGCUCUCCUAAUGUCAGGGCUAUGGAGGCAGCAGGUAUGGGCGUGGGCGUGGCAGGUUCAGGGAGUGGGCAACCCCCCCAGCCCCCACCUCCACCCCCAGCCCAGCCCAGUCGCCUAGAGCCCAUCCCCAACUCCCCCCUCCACCACCUUGAACUCAACUCCAACAAACCUCUUCCCCCGCCGACCCCUCCCACCGAACCCAAGAAAUUCAUGAGCCCUCCUGAAACAAAGGACUCCGCCAUCGACUCCCCGGACGCCCAGCGCCAGGAGUGGUUCGCUCAGUACUUUUCCUUUUGAUUGACCACAAACCUGCAAACACAAAGGAAUUCAGCAUGUCAACCAAACUUGAACUAACAAAAAAAAUAACUAAGAAAAAUUGCAGAAAAAAAGAGAAAAAAUGUUCAAACUCUUUGUUCUUUAUUGUCAUUGAUAUGGUUUGGGGAUCAAUUCACUUCAGAUUCAGUCAGCUGAAAUUGUAAUUUAAGGUCUGAGAAUAAAAUCUCAUGGGUCUGUCGAUAAUAAACGCACAGAACUCGAUGUCGUUCAUUUUAACUUUUCGUAAAAAUGUAAUGAUUUUCCACUUCUUGUUGUUGACUGAGGUGAAGCUGAAUUGAACCCAAAUCCUGACCAUCAAAUGUCAUCACUCUGAUCUGAUUUGAUUGUUUAUCUCUUGAUUGUUUCACUGUGGAUGAGUUUCUCUCUUAGUACAGUGACAAUGAUCAUCAGUAUGUUUGAUGUUUAUUUUAUUUCUUUAUUUCCUUACUUAUGUUGCAGUUUCUUGGAACUAGAAAAAAAACUGAGUGGUGCAUUAUCAUGCUGCUAAUUGCCAUUGUUGGACUACAGUAAGAAAUAUAUAUAUAUAAAGAAAUAUACGGUAGGUUAUUGUGCUCUCUCUGUACGUGGGCCCACUGCAUACAGCAUCUUAGACUAGGGGUGCUGAUCUAAGACCAGCUUGCCUCCUCAUUUAUGGUGACAUUUACAUGGACCUGAUCCUAGAUCAGUUACACUUCUCUGACAUGCUCCAUGAAUACAGGCUCUUAUUUUAGGAUGACACCAUCAUGGCAAGUUUGUUACAGCUGCAUAGAAGUUUCAGCCGAUUUUGGUAGAAUAUUAAAACCUGUUUGUAUGGUUGUCUGUCUC